CAUUUUCUUUUAUAAGCGACUGAAAUGCACUUUUGCACAAUAGUGUCCAGCCAACUCAGACUACGGAAUGAGAACAAACACAGCAGCUGCAAAAAGAUAAGGUAGCACUAAUUAAACAUGGCCACAAUUACUCCAGUGUUGCGUGAUUCAUAUCUUUAUAGAUAUAAAGGAUUUUGCUUUAUAAAGGAACUGAUGCCAAAAGAGUUCAUAGACUCGUUGCAGGAUUUUAAAAUAAGAGAUGAUGACGUGUUCCUGAUUACUUUUCCAAAAUCAGGAACCAUUUGGAUGCAGCAAAUUUUAAGCUUAAUCUGCAGUGAAGGACACAGAAAUGGCACAGAACAAAUUGACACUUCUGAAAGAAUACCAUGGUUUGAUUCUUCUAUGGGAAAAGUUCAUGUUAAUCACGAUCACGAGAGUCAGCCAUCACCACGGUUAUUUACAUCCCACUUAGCUUAUUUAUUUGUUCCACAAGGCCUAAGAAAUAAAAAAGCCAAGGUUAUCUAUGUGAUGAGAAAUCCAAAAGAUGUCAUGAAAUCCUUUUAUCAUUUUGAAGCCAUUCCAAUUUAUACUCAAAAGUCACCAGAUUUUGCCCACUUCUUUGAGAAGUUUUUAGCUGGAGAUGUUUUUGCUGGCAGUUGGUUUGAUCAUGUUCAUGAAUGGAACACUCAUAAGGAUGAUUUCAAUAUCCUUUUUGUAAAAUAUGAAGAUAUGAUCAAGGAUAUAAAGUCGGUUGUCAAACAAAUCUGCAAAUUUUUAGGGAAAGAGUUAGAUGAUGAGUCUUUGGAUAUUGUGGCAAAGCGAGCAACAUUCAACAACAUGCAAAUGGAUCCCCGUGCAAAUAAAGAAAAUGAAUCCCAAGACAUUUUUAAUCUGAAAAUGGGGAAAUUUAUGCGCAAAGGUACAAUCGGAGAUUGGAAAAAUAUAUUUACUGUGGCACAGAGUGAAGCAUUUGAUAAAAUAUUUCAGGAGAAAAUGGGAGAUUUAUCCAUAAAAUUUACCUGGGACAUUUCUGAAGAAAAAUGAAUGGUCCAUUACAAAUAUCUGAUGGAAAUGUAUUUUACUACUGUAUAUGAUGAUAGCAAAGCAAGCUGAAGAUUAUUUAUAACAGAUAAAUAGGUAAAUGAAAAGAUAAAAUACUGGAAGACUAUUGACCUCUUAUGAUUUGUCUAUAAAUGAAACUUAUUUAAAAAUAUUAAAAAAGCAAUUACCAUU